AUGCGUUUAAAUUCCCUUCAUAUUCUUCUGAUCCUGUUGACAUUGGCUGCUGAAGCCUCUGACUUUAAAGAAAGAUGUCGAGCAGCUCUCCAUGAAGGCCGUCUUAUCAUAGAAAAGAAUGUGCCGCCACUUGUACAAGAGGAACUGAUCAGAAUGAAACGAAAACUCGACCAGAGGAUGGAAGCGAUGUUCGAAGCAGAGCUUCUCCAUGGUACACUUGGCUUAGGCAAGUACAUGGUUCUCCCGGAUGGCGACACCGACGCUACAGCAGCAACAACAACGCUUUCACCAUGUCCAGCACCCAACCGUACGAUGUUCACAACUGCAGCUCCUCCUUCCACUAGUUCGGGAACAACAAGCUGUUCUCAAGGGACAACAAGUCAAAUGAGUAGCCAGUCCACGGAAUCAUCUGGAACGGGUCAGACGACUACUUCUGGCGGAACAGUCCAAGGAUCAACAUCGACAAGUGCGCCAACGCAGUCAGCGACAGCAGCUCCUUCCUCGACAAAAACCGCAGCUGGUGAAGACGAUGCUGCUGCCUCAACAACCGCGUCAUCACCUGGCAAACAAUCAACCUCAUCAGAUAAAUCUGCCUCUCCAACGGACUCAUCAGGAGCAUCUUCCUCCUCACCUGCUACUGGCUCGACAACGCAAUCAGAAACAGCUCCUACGCAGGACACUUGCGCUUCAGCUCAAAAAACCGGAGAAUCCUCGAAACCUUUUAUUAUGCCGACAAUGUUCACCUCCGACACGAGUGCUGACCCAUUCUAUAGAUGGAUGACGGCGCUUCAUAAUCAGAUGGCCAAAGCGGAGGAAAUCUGCGAUCAGCCACCAAUCAAAGACAUAAACUCGAUCACUGAAGAUCAGAUUAUGGGUUUCUUGAGUAUACUGUCAACUGCUUAUCCAGGUCCUUUUUGCGGCCUAUGCGAUCAUCUCAUGACCGAAAUGCUUCCCAGGUUAUUCUCUAUGCGCCCAACUUGGGAGGAAGACGAACGGUAUCUGAUGCGUCUACUGUAUGCCAAUGUCCCAUCGGCUAAAGCAAUCUGUUCUACUCUGGCUCCAGCUUGCUAUCAGGACUACGAAGCACGAUCUCGAAACAUCACCGAAGCCGUCUUGUGCAUGGAAUGUGCUACUUGCAUGACAGUAACUAACCUGGCUGAGCACAGUUUCCUGUUGGAAGAGGAAAUGGUGAAAUCCUUCCUGCAAUUCCUACGAUCGUCACUAUUCCACAACACCUGUGCCGAAUUGUGCCAAGUUUGGCAACCGCUUAACCUCACUCUAUUCCCCAACGGGUUCACUUAUGACGGGUGUAUGAACUAUCUUAAUGAGACGUAUAAAGAUGUUAUCGAUUUCGCCACAGUAACCCUUCGUCCAGAAAAGUUCUGUUCGCGCGAUCUUCAAUGGUGUGAGCUGAAUGAGACUCCCAACAUAAUGCAUUGCCUGCGAGAACUAUGUAUUGAAUCUCUUCGCCACACACCUCAAACGGCUUGGAUCUGCUCUGCAAUUCCGGAUACACCAGAAGCGGCUGAUAAGUUCUUGAACGUUGAAAAGACGAAAAAGUAUAAAACACGUCAACCCUAUCACGAUAAAUACGAUGGUGGUACAGCCUGGCAUGACGAAUUAUGA